AUGAUCGCAGUCCUAAAAGUUCUGACAGCAACGCUGUUGAUGGGUCUCCAUCAACUGUCAACUCUCCAAGCAUCUGGAAUUCAUUCAUCACACUCAAAAACAGCUUUCCAAGUCCAUACGGAAUGUCGGAAAAUGCUACGGAAUCCUAUGAAGGCUCGAGAAGACGUCUGUGAAGAUCGUUGCGAAGUGUGCGUUUAUCGCGCUUGGGAUGACAUCCGGGGUCCCGUCUACGGAGUGUACCGGGUAUUCUGGGGUAUCCAGAACCCUGGAGACGAAUGCUUUGUGGAUCGAACCUAUCGCUGUCUGUGGAAUCGGGACCAGUUCAAUCUGACAACUCCGGAUCCUUGUCGAAGAGCAACGGAAACGACAACCUGCUUCGACCGGUAUCAUGGGGCAGUGACCCCGGCAACGAUCGUUUUCCUAAACCCAACGGCUCUGCAUUUCAGAAGUAUCGUCGAAAGCUGUAGAAAGUUCCAACAGCUUUCGGACCAAGAUUUGGUGCAUCCUUUAAACAGUGGAUUUUUGGAUUCCGAAGUGACCAGAUGUUUGUUGAGGUGUGUGAUUAUCCGGGCGGGACUUUACACGGAUGCUGAUGGACCCAAUUUGGACCGGUUGGAGCAGAUGUAUGGAGCAAGGUCGAUCGAGAGGAAUAACUUCUGGCACACUGGACAAAAAUGUGUAGCCAGAACGAAGCUUAGAAACCCUGAAGCUUCAGCCUGUAGUUUAGCUGCCCUUUUUGUGGACGAUUGUUUUGAGGAGUUGUUGCAAGAUAUUCGGACGGCCAUUUUGGAAAUCGUUAAAUAUGAAAAAAAUACUUGA